AUCCAGUCUCGUUGUGAAAACCAGGACAACUCCUCAUCCCUGUGACCGAAAAAAAACAGGCACGGAGACGGUGGGGUGGAGUACAGGAAGCUGCUGUCCCCGAAUCUCUGAACAUGGGCGAAAUCUAUUAACGCAACAAAUCAAAGCUUCUGUUUUUCUUCAUUUGCGGGCGAGAGGUUACAGAGAUUUGUAAGAUUUUUCUGGAUUGGCUUGGAAGUUUAAUCGAACAGCGAGAAGAUGUCUCGGGGAGUGAUCCAGCCCAGCCAGCAGAAACUGGCAGAAAAACUGACCAUCCUCAACGACAGAGGCAUCGGGAUGUUGACCCGUGUUUACAAUAUCAAAAAGGCAUGUGGCGACCCCAAGGCUAAGCCCUCCUAUCUUGUUGAUAAGAACUUGGAGUCUGCGGUUAAAUUUAUUGUCAGAAAGUUCCCUGCAGUGGAGACGCGGAAUAAUAACCAACAGCUGGCUCAGCUGCAGAAGGAAAAGUCAGAGAUUCUGAAGAACUUGGCUCUCUACUAUUUUACUUUUGUGGAUGUCAUGGAAUUCAAGGACCAUGUGUGUGAGCUGCUGAACACCAUCGACGCCUGCCAGGUCUUCUUCGAUAUUACGGUGAACUUUGACCUCACCAAGAACUACCUGGACCUGGUGGUGACCUACACUACACUGAUGACAAUACUCUCUCGCAUAGAGGAGAGGAAAGCCAUCAUAGGACUGUACAACUACGCCCAUGAGAUGACGCAUGGAGCCAGUGACCGGGAGUACCCCAGGCUGGGCCAGAUGAUCGUGGAUUACGAGAACCCUUUGAAGAAGAUGAUGGAGGAGUUUGUUCCACAUGGAAAGUCCCUCUCAGAUGCUUUGAUCAGUCUUCAGAUGGUCUACCCCAGGAGGAAUCUGUCUGCUGACCAGUGGAGGAACGCCCAGCUGCUCUCUCUCAUCUCUGCCCCCUCCACCAUGCUCAAUCCUGCACAGUCAGACACUAUGCCAUGUGAAUACCUGUCCCUGGACACGAUGGAGAAGUGGAUUGUCUUUGGUUUCAUCCUGUGUCACUCGGUGCUGAACAGCGACGCAGCAGCGUUGUCUUUGUGGAAACUGGCUCUGCAGAGCUCCACCUGCCUCUGUCUGUUCAGGGAUGAAGUCUUCCACAUCCACAAGGCUGCAGAGGAUCUGUUUGUGAACAUCAGAGGGUACAACAAGCGCAUCAAUGACAUCAGAGAGUGCAAGGAACAGGCCCUGUCUCACGCAGGCUCAAUGCACAGAGAGAGACGCAAGUUUCUCCGAUCAGCUCUGAAGGAGUUGGCUACUGUUUUAGCCGAUCAGCCUGGACUACUAGGUCCUAAGGCGUUAUUCGUGUUCAUGGCGUUGUCGUUUGCCCGUGACGAGAUCAUCUGGCUGCUUCGACAUGCAGACAACAUCCAGAAGAAAAGCACAGACGACUUCAUAGACAAGCACAUAGCAGAGUUGAUCUUCUACAUGGAGGAGCUCAGAGCUCACGUCAGGAAGUACGGCCCCGUGAUGCAGCGAUACUACGUCCAGUACCUGUCCGGUUUUGAUGCUGUGGUGCUGAAUGAACUGGUUCAGAACCUGUCUGUGUGUCCAGAGGAUGAGUCUAUAAUCAUGUCUUCAUUUGUCAACACUAUGACCUCUCUCAGCGUCAAACAAGUGGAGGACGGAGAGGUGUUUGACUUCAGAGGCAUGAGGCUGGACUGGUUCAGACUGCAGGCCUACACCAGCGUCUCCAAAGCCAGUCUCGGUAUAGCCGAUCACAAGGAGCUCGGUAAAAUGAUGAACACCAUCAUCUUCCACACAAAAAUGGUGGACUCUCUGGUGGAGAUGCUGGUGGAGACGUCAGACCUGUCCAUCUUCUGCUUCUACAGCCGUGCGUUUGAAAAGAUGUUCCAGCAGUGUUUGGAGCUUCCCUCCCAAAGCCGACACUCCAUCUGCUUCCCUCUGCUGUGCACACACUUCAUGUCCUGUACACAUGAGCUCUGUCCUGAGGAGCGUCACCACAUAGGGGACCGAAGCCUGUCGUUGUGUAACAUGUUUCUGGAUGAGAUGGCUAAGCAGGCCAGAAACCUGAUCACUGACAUCUGUACUGAACAAUGUACACUCAGCGACCAGCUGCUUCCUAAGCACUGUGCGAAAACCAUCAGCCAAGCCGUGAACAAGAAGAGCAAGAAGGCGACGGGGAAGAAGGGAGAGCCGGAGAGAGAGAAACCAGGAGUGGAGAGCAUGAGGAAGAACAGACUACUGGUCACCAAUCUGGAUAAACUCCACACAGCGUUAUCUGAACUCUGCUUCUCCAUCAACUAUGUUCCCAACCUGGCGGUCUGGGAACACACGUUCACACCGAGAGAGUACCUCACCUCGCACCUGGAGAUCCGAUUUACCAAGUCCAUAGUGGGGAUGACCAUGUACAACCAGGCUACUCAGGAGAUAGCCAAGCCCAGUGAGCUGCUGACCAGCGUCCGGGCCUACAUGACCGUUCUCCAGUCCAUAGAGAACUACGUCACCAUCGACAUCACCCGAGUCUUCAACAACGUCCUCCUGCAGCAGACGCAGCACCUGGACAGCCACGGGGAGCCCACCAUCACCAGUCUGUACACAAACUGGUACCUGGAGACGUUGCUCCGUCAGGUCAGCAACGGACACAUCGCUUACUUCCCUGCAAUGAAGGCCUUCGUCAACCUGCCCACAGAGAACGAACUGACUUUCAAUGCUGAGGAAUACUCUGACAUCUCCGAGAUGCGUUCGCUGUCUGAGCUGCUGGGUCCGUACGGGAUGAAGUUCCUCAGUGAGAGUCUGAUGUGGCACAUCUCAUCGCAGGUCGCUGAGCUGAAGAAACUGGUGGUAGAAAACAUGGAGGUGUUGACCCAGAUGAGGACGAGCUUUGACAAACCCGACCACAUGGCCGCGCUCUUCAAGAAACUCACCUCUGUGGACAGCGUGUUGAAGAGGAUGACCAUCAUCGGGGUCAUCUUGUCCUUCCGCUCCCUGGCUCAAGAGGCUCUGAGAGAUGUGCUAUCCUGUCACAUUCCUUUCCUGGUCAGUUCGGUGGAGGAUUUCAAAGACCACAUUCCCAGAGAGACGGACAUGAAGGUGGCCAUGAACGUGUACGAGCUGUCGUCAGCUGCGGGUUUACCCUGCGAGAUCGACCCAGCUCUGGUGGUGGCUCUGUCUUCACAGAAAAGUGAGAACAUCAGUCCAGAGGAGGAGUACAAGAUCGCCUGUCUGCUCAUGGUGUUUGUGGCGGUUUCCCUGCCAACGCUGGCCAGCAACGUGAUGUCACAGUACAGCCCCGCCAUAGAAGGCCACUGCAACAACAUCCACUGCCUGGCCAAAGCCAUCAACCAGAUCGCUGCUGCUCUCUUCACCAUCCACAAGGGGAGCAUAGAGGACCGCCUCAAAGAGUUCCUGGCUCUGGCCUCGUCCAGCCUGCUGAAGAUCGGCCAGGAGACGGACAAGAUGACGACGCGUAACAGAGAAUCUGUGUACCUGCUGCUGGACAUGAUUGUGCAGGAGUCCCCCUUCCUGACCAUGGACCUGCUGGAGUCCUGUUUCCCCUACGUCCUGCUGCGAAACGCCUACCACGCCGUCUACAAACAGAGCAUCAGUGCUAACGCAUAGACACACGGUGAAGGCCUACUUUACUGUCUACCCUCAGAGCGCCAGCGCUCGCACAUAGACGCAUACACAUUAUCGAAUACACACUAACAGCAACAACACUACAUACAAACUAAACACUCUAAACUAUGCCUACAAUGCCUCAACCAUUCAAAAAGAAGCGUCAGUGUGUGACAUGUACACACGGAUGUUGUAACACACUACAUGUAAACACAAGAAAUACACAAAGAGCAUCAUUCAGUAUGAAGCAGACACAGACACAUACACACUAGCUGGAUGAAGUUGGGGGAUCAGUGUCUUUAUUUUGAUCAUUGUACUUUUCAUGAUGUUGCCAGGGACCAUAAUCACCGCAACACAUAAUAUACCAUAUGUUCGGUUGGUAUAAAAGAACAAAAAUAUAAAUAUAUAGUAUAUAUAUAGUUGACACUAAAAUAUUAUUUUCUUUUGUUCUUUUUUUUUGUUUUCAAUGAAAAAUUUGAGACUUUUAGUGGCCAGCUGGCAGAAACUCGUACGUGGUGAUGGUUUUGGAUGCUUAUUUUGGGAAUGCAAACGAUUCUGAUGUGAUGUGGGGUUUUUCUCUUUUAUGGAGGAGGGCGGCUGAGGAUUCCUGUGUUGAUACUGAAAGAUAUGUUGCUUGUUAAUGUAAGUUCACGCUUACACACUCUCUCUCUCUCUCUCUCUCUCUCUCUCUCUCUCACACACACACACACACACUGACAGACAACCUGAGCAGAUAUAAAACAUACACACUAAUCUUUCAACAUUUCAUAGUGAAAACACACACACACACUCUUGUAUAACAUGGUGAUGUUUUCUUUCUUUUUUCAAGCUAGUCGUAACAUGAACCUUUUGUGGGAAAAGAUAUAAUAUCUGUAUUCUACUUUGAUGUGAACUGAACUUGUCUGUUUUUAAUGUUUAUGUUUUGUUAUUUUUAUGAUGAUGACAAUGAUGAUGACGAUUUGCCAAAUGUGUUGACACUAAAAAUUGUGUAUCAGGGCUUGGAAGUGGUGCGGUGUUUGGGUAUUAAUGGGUAAAAUGCCAUUUUAAGUGUUUGGACAAUAGACGUUCUGCAAAUUAUCUGCCUGCCAGCUCGGUUAACAGGAGGCGUUACACAACCACUUUUACAGUUGGAACAAACAAAGCAAAACAAAACAAAAAGACUGCAGUAAUACUACAAUAUAGGCAUGGAGCAGCCAGAAACCCUCAGUACAACUGCAGAUAUUCCUCACAACUGUUGUUAGUCAACUCUCCUGAUUGGGUAAAGGUCCAGUAGGUGCUACUCUCUUUCUCUAGUAGAAAUCAGCAAGCCAGUUCAAAAUAUAGUUUAUAUGAUCUGUUGCAAAAUCAUCUCUGCCUUCAGAAAAGGUGGAAUAUUUCAUCUUUAUCACGGGAAAUUUAGCUUUUCUGUUUUGUUUUUACAGUUGCAGUCUUGUAGUGCUGGGCUCCAACAGGCCCUGCUGGGGGGGGCAGCUGUUGAGGGUCCACCAUCUACACGCUGUUGUUAGAUAAAUGUGUUUACUUCAGCAGGAGCAGAUAAUUGAACCAGUUUCUCCACAGAGAUGCAAAUUAAUCCUAAUUGAUCUGUGAAAGUCUACAAAAACCUGGAGUUGCAAUAAGACCAAUAAUAAAUGUGUAUAUAUACCGUC